UGAGGAGCAGAUUGGCGGAAUUGCUGCCAAUGUUCGUUUCGCCAGCAAAAGUUGGCCGUACUGCGGAAGCGACAUCAUCCGCGCCCCGCGGAUAUGUAUUAUUGAUGUGCUAACCUAUGCAAGUCGGAGCAACGCUCGGCGCGAAUUGUCGUGAACAAUAGCUGAAAGCUAAGCUGUCGCGCAUUGUGCUCGCCGAUCAACGGCCCGCCGAGAAGACGCAGAUCAAUUUAACUCUUGCACCGCCCGUAACUUCGCGUCACUGCGACGCUUCACGUCGUGAAUUCGAUCGACGACGCAAGCCGACGUCGAACAUCAUCGCGCGCGAGCGUCUCAUCGCGUGCAACUGUCAUCUCACCUUAUCCUUGUAAGUUGGAUUGGACGUAUCUGCGUUCGGUGAAUUGUGGCAAGCUCUUCUUCAUCUGGGAGGUUUUACUAAUGUCUCGUAGCCAUCUCUGUUAGACGUGCCUUGCUUAUCUCGUAUGCUUGACAAACCUCGUGUCUUCGGCCUGAGCUGCGUCUCACAUCUUUCCACUCGAAUGAAAGCAACUAUUGUGACACAUGGAUGAAAUACUGUUGCUAGAUGAUAAAGUCUAAAGAACUGGACUGUGCCAAGUCCAAGGGUAAGAUUUGUGUCUCAAGGAAAGGAGCACAACAGUAUCCACCACGGCUUUCACAGAGAUGGUUGGAUUGGCGGGCGGGGGAGGUCAUUUGUAUCCCUCGCCCCCCAUGCAGCCUAAUCCAGAGUUGAGAGAAAUGACUGGAAUUGCACCUAGCGCACCAACCAGUGCCGAUGCUUGUUUGAGUAUUGUACAUUCAUUAAUGUGCCAUCGCCAAGGUGGAGAAAGUGAAGGCUUCAGUAAACGAGCAAUUGAGUCUUUGGUAAAAAAGCUUAAAGAAAAACGUGAUGAACUGGAUAGUCUGAUCACUGCAAUCACCACCAAUGGUGCACAUCCCAGCAAAUGCGUCACUAUCCAAAGAACUUUAGAUGGUAGGCUGCAGGUAGCAGGACGAAAAGGAUUUCCACAUGUAAUCUAUGCACGCAUCUGGAGAUGGCCGGAUCUGCACAAGAACGAGUUGAAACAUGUCAAGUAUUGCCAGUUUGCUUUCGACUUAAAAUGCGACUCAGUGUGUGUGAAUCCGUAUCACUACGAGCGAGUGGUGUCACCUGGCAUAGAUCCGUUCUUUACAGACCUGUCGGGGCUGACACUGCAAUCCGGAGUAGGCGUAGGACCUGGCGGUAGACUGGUCAAAGAUGAAUACACGGUCGGCGGCGGCGGCACUGCUGCCGCGGCUGCAGCUGCCGCGGCCGGCUCUGCGAUGGAUGUGGACGGCGAGAUGAACCAGACCAUCCAGCAUCAUCCUUCGGCACAGCCUGCCGCUUCGAAUAACGCUCAACAAGCUCAACAAGGCUUUAUACCGGGUUUACCACCGCCUAAUCCAACCAGUACCGAGGGUAUGUUUAGCGCCGGUGGGGGUGGCAAUAAUGGUAAUCCCCACACUAAACUGGACGACAAUAAUUGCCCCAGGCAAACCUGGAUUCCCACGCCUCAUCAUUCGGCAGGCCGUAAUUUACACCAUCCGGUAGUACAUCCAAUGAGUCACACCGUAGGUAGCCAACAACAGUCAUUGAACGCGUCCAGCGGCACGUCCGGCGCACAGAUUAUGAAUCCCGCGCAAGGACAGUCGACCGACACGUUUUACGGAACCACCACGCCACCGCAGGAUAUCAACCAAUCCCCCACAGUCGACGCGCUAGCCGCUUCUUUAGGCGAAGGCCAGAGUUCUCCCGUGUCACCUGUGCAUCUCCAUCAUGCCAAUGGAUUUCCCGUGGGCACCGCUCCUUACAACUCCGGGGCACCUCAGUGGACCGGUGCUAAUACUCUUACUUACACUCAAAGCAUGCAACCACCAGAUCACCGACAUCUUCAUACGACGUCGUACUGGGGAGGAGGCCAUGGGAACGAUGUUAGCGAGAACGUCGGUGGGUUAUUGUCUACACAACCAGCGCCAGAAUUCUGGUGUUCCGUUGGAUACUUUGAGCUAGACAUUCAAGUUGGUGAGACAUUCAAAGUCAGCAGUGGUUGUCGCACUGUUACCAUAGAUGGUUAUGUGGAUCCAAGUGGAGGUAACAGAUUCUGCUUAGGUGCCUUGAGCAAUGUGCACAGAACUGAGCAGAGUGAAAGAGCGCGUCUUCACAUUGGGAAAGGUGUUGUCCUGGACCUUAGAGGUGAGGGAGACGUGUGGCUGAGAUGCCAAAGUGAGCACAGUGUCUUUGUGCAGUCCUACUAUCUGGACAGAGAGGCAGGUCGAGCACCUGGUGACGCUGUUCACAAAAUCUAUCCUUCGGCGUACAUCAAAGUGUUCGAUUUACGGCAGUGUCAUAAACAGAUCCGUGGCCAGGCUGCUACAGCCCAAGCCGCCGCAGCAGCUCAGGCUGCAGCCGUGGCUGGCCAUCUUACGCACGGGACACCUAUCACCAAAAGUCUCAGCGCAGCUGCGGGUAUUGGAGUUGAUGACUUACGAAGACUUUGUAUUCUGCGUUUGAGUUUCGUGAAAGGUUGGGGUCCGGAUUACCCGCGACAAAGCAUCAAGGAAACCCCAUGCUGGAUCGAGGUGCAUUUACAUAGGGCACUUCAGUUACUAGAUGAGGUAUUGCACACAAUGCCCAUUGAUGGACCACGGUCAAUCGAAUAAUUCCAUCGGCUUGAAUCACGAAGAUAACGAAGAGAACGUCGCAUUGUUACUGAAAUUGUGCUGAAAUGUGUGACAUCGCGAAUCGUUCAAGUAGCUUCAAUUUAAGAACGUGAAUGAAUAAGCCAGACGAAUGGACCAAAUUCAUCAGACGGUAAUGAUCAAACAAUUAUAAUUGAAACAGGAAUUCGGCCAUAGACGACUCGGGGAGAAAAAAGUGAGAGAGAGAGAAAGAAGGGGGGGAGGGAGAGAAAGAGAGAGAGAGAGAGAGAGCUUGCGGGUUAUUUAUAUAUUUAACGACACGUGAUAUAAUCUGUGUAGUAACAGGGGUUUUCAAACUUUCCAACGUCCAUGUAACAGUGAUGAUCCAUAGAUAGAAUACUAAUAUAAUCCACAGCGACGUCUCUCGAUCUAAAAUUGUAUAUAUAUUUUAUAUGUUAUAUAUUAAUGCAAAAUAGGAUGAAGCAUAUCGACUAUUUAUCUUUUGUUAGUUUCUUUUGUCUGUA